AUGAUGCAAGUGGCUUUCGUAUUCCUUAUAUUUCUGGUUAACGUCAUGAGCAUCCAUGCUGGGACCGACUUCGAUAAGACAUGGACAUUCACUUGUCCACAUGGACAAUCUAUUAAUCACAUCAGCAGUGUCCAUAGCAACAGGCACGAAGACCGCUCGUGGACAUUCAGGUGCAGAUAUAGCUCGAAAAUUGCAGCGACAUGCUACUGGACAGGAUGGGUGAAUGCGUACGAUCAAGAGCUAAUUUAUCAAUGUCCUAAUGGAGUUAUCGCGGGUGUUUAUUCCAAACACAGCAACAAACGUGAAGACAGACGAUUUAAGUUCAGAUGCUGUCGUACAAAAAAGAAUUGUCAACGUGAUUGUUCAUGGACCGCUCAUGUUAAUAACUGGGAUGGUUAUAUGAAUUACAAUAUACCCUUGACCAAAUUUCUCGUUGGAGCACAAAGCCUUCACGAUAAUGGAAAAGAGUAA